ACACGUCCGCGGCCGCCACCAGCCACCCUUGUCUCUCGCUUCCCCCCUCUCCCUCUGCUCUCCAAAACCCUAGCGCUCCUUCUUCGUCGGCGAUGGCGGCGGCGCAGGGGGGCGGUUCUGGUCCGGCGACCGGCGAGGAGGGGGCGGCGGGGGAGAGCCGCAAGCUCUUCGUGGGCGGCAUCCCGUCGGGCGCGCAGGAGGGCGAGCUGCGGGAGCACUUCGCCCGCUACGGGGAGGUGCGCUCCGUCAUCGUGAUGCGGGACAGGGAGACGGGCCACGGCCGCGGGUUCGGCUUCGUCGAGUUCGAGGACGAGGCCGACGCGGCCGCCGCGCUCGGCGACGGGGACAAGCCCAGGCACUUCAUCUGCGGCCGGAUGGUGGAUGUUAAGAGGGCCAGGACAAGGGCUCCACGGAACCAGGGCGAGCAGAACUCUCAGCCUCAGCAGCCUGAACACGGCCAGGGUCAGGGGCACCAGGACAAUCAGCCACCUGCUGGGAACGGUAAUGCGGAGAGCGGCAACAACGUGACCUACGAUUCAAAGAAGGUCUUCAUCGGCGGUUUGAGGGAUAACAUCACUGAGGAGGAGUUCCGGGCUUACUUUGAGACUUUUGGCACUGUGACGGAUGUUGUGGUGAUUUAUGACAGCUUGACGAGCCGGUCGAGGGGGUUUGGUUUUGUCACCUUUGAUUCGGAGGAAGCAGUGGGAAAGGUGAUGAGGGAAAGCUUUCAUACCUUGAACGGAACCAAGGUAGAGGCCAAGAUUGCUAUCCCCAAGGAUGAGCAGUAUUACCGUAAUGGUCGAGGCCGUGGUCCACGGCCCUUUGGUGGGAGGGGCCCUGCUGGCUACGAAGGUUCUGCAUACCAACCUUACAAUGCUAGAUAUGGCCUUUACAAUGGUUACAUGCCACAACCUGUUCCCGCACAGCCCUACUUUCCUGCUCCUUAUUUUGCUGUGGGAGGCUAUCACUAUGGGAGUGGAUACCCAAGCCAAGGUGUGAUGGCAAAUGUUCCUGGCAUGAUGCCAAGGCGUCCUCCGGCCUAUGGAACCUAUCCUCAAAUGUAUCCAGGGCUUAACUUUGUAUACAGAGCUGGUUACGGGGGUGCAGCUACUUCUUUUCAGCAUGGAAUUAACGGUGGAAGUGAUAACAAAAAGGAUCAAAUGAAUGUAGAUAUGCAGCAAGUUGAUAGCACUGCUAGCGUCGCAACAAUGUUGGAACAUAUGAAGCUAGGUUCACAAUGACUUUCUGGACUAUUACUUCUACAUUGAUGACACUGGAGUACAACAAUUGUUUGGGAACCCGCAACUGUGAAGACUUUGAGCUGAGAUUCUUUGGUUGACAAGUAUAUCAUUGGAAUUCUUCAACUUACCCUCCAUCCCUUUUCUUUCUACUGCUGCCUGCCUGUAAACUAAAGCACGCAAGUUGCUGGCUGUUGACCUCACCUCCCUCUCUUGUACCAAUGUUUAAAUUCUUUCGUCGUUUAAUGUAUCUGGAUCAUACUAUUCAACCCUAAUUGCCUGUGCAAUCCUGUUUGUUUUUGUCUGCUA